AAAGCGGGCAAGAAUGGAAUCUCGCGGCCAAAUAGGCUCGUUAUAUCGAUUGUAUUACAAUUGCGCCUCGUGGUAGUGGUGGCGACAGCGACAGCGGCAGCGGCGGUGGCGGUGAUGGUAGUAGUGGGAUGCUGAUAGCGGUCGUAAUGCUAGCGAGACUUGGUGCAGCAGUUACGAGCUUUAUAUAUGUUUUGUGGUUACGAGGCGUACGCGGCUUCACCGGGUCUAGUUUCGCCGCGUUCUCGCGAGACGUCCAAGACUACCGCCCUGCUGUUGUGUCGCCCUGCGUCACCCCUGUUUCAUUCAGGGCGCUAAUCUGAGCACCGAUAGUCCACGUGCGCGCAUCACUCGCUACAGAAACGGCCGAAGCGGCGCAAUCAGUGGCACGAAUGCGCGCGCUUCCUCACCUCACUCUCGUCCGUUUGGUGGCACGUUUCUGAUCGCGUGGUAUAUGCCGAAGCGGCUCCGGGUCACAGAAGAAUGAAUAUUUUCCGAAAUAUAUCAGCCACUUUUUGGUCGUCGGACAUUUGGUUGCCUCCUAAUAUUACGUGGCAGGAUAUCAGUCCAAAUGCAGACAAUAAGUAUGCUAAUCAUCAGCAUUUAAUAUUUGCGUUGCCUAUGGCAUUGGUUCUCCUAGGAAUAAGAUAUACUCUUGAGAGGUACUGGUUUAUUCCCUUAGGAAAAUCGCUUUGUAUAAAAGAUAUUAGAAGCAAAAGAGCAGAGCCCAACAAGAUAUUAGAAAAAGCAUACCUUAAUAAGAAACCUAAAUAUAAGCAGAUUUUGGCAUUGGCUAAACAAUUAGAUUGGUCUGAAAGGCAAGUGGAGAGAUGGCUUCGGCUGCAUCGUUCUCAAGACAGGCCGUCUACUCUUACGAAAUUCUGUGAAUGUUGUUGGAAAUGUUUGUAUCAUGCGUCUGCGUUUUUCUAUGGCCUUGUUGUUCUAUGGGAUAAACCGUGGCUUUGGGACAUAAAGCAUUGUUAUUACAAUUAUCCCUAUCACUCUGUUACCAAUGAUGUAUGGUGGUAUUAUAUGAUAGCAAUGGCAUUUUACUGGGCAGUAAGCAUUUCUCAAUUCUUUGAUGCGAAAAGGAAAGAUUUUUGGCAGCUGUUUAUUCAUCAUAUAGCGACAAUUUUACUUUUGUGUUUCUCAUGGGUCGGGAAUCUCACGAGGAUCGGCAGUCUGGUCUUACUUGUGCACGAUUCCGCGGAUAUAUUGUUGGAGGCGGGAAAACUGGCAAAGUAUGCAAAUUAUCAAAAAGUUUGUAAUUGUAUAUAUGCCGUAUUUGUAAUUGUCUGGAUCGUAACACGUAUGGGUGUAUAUCCAUUUUGGAUAAUUUAUAGCACAUCUAUACAAGGGCCUAAAAUAGUACCGAUAUUCCCUGCAUAUUAUGUCUUUAAUUCUUUACUAAUUUUACUACUGUUUCUUCACGUUAUUUGGACUUAUUUAAUCCUUAAGCUCGCGUACCGCGCUUUGAAUGCUGGUCAGAUAGAGGGUGAUAUUCGCAGUAAUAGCAGCGACGAAGUAUCCGACACUUUGGCCAAUAAUAUUCCCACCAACAAUAACACAAAUCAUGUUAACAAGUCAAAUUCGAAACUGAAAACCAACUAACAAAAUGCAUGCUACGUAAGCUAUUAUUUUAAAAGUUUAUCCCAAGGCAGAAAAUUCAUCCGGACGUUUAGUCAAAUGCUAAUCUUCCUUCCUACAGGUAUGAUAUAAAAUCUCGAAUGCGACUUUACUCUUGUAAUCUAAGGCACUAAUGUUAACAUACCCAUUCAAUCUCUCAUAAAAAUGAAAGUAAUUAAAAUGUAUACUUUCUCCAAUUUCCCUUUCAUUACUAUUUCAUUAGUAUUUCCAUUUCAAAUGUAUUUGCGUUUAAGAGUGUAUAUAUAUCUACAAAGGUCAACGAAAGAAAAAAAGAAAACAAACGGCGACAAACCGUAAAACAUCAACAAUUAUUCAUAUAACUCCAUCUUAUUUAAGAAUUAAUUAUAAGUAUAUAUUUCAUUUUAACCGAAUUCUUAAUAUUUAGUUAAGAUGUAAGAAUGGACCAAAGCCGUGUCAAUGUAUCUGACACCUCCAUCAAUAUUCUCUCAGAAUCUAACAUCACGUAACUACUUUGAAAAAUGUAUUUAUUUUCGCAUACUUUGUGAGCAUCAGUCAGUGAUUGCUAAGCAUAAGAGCAAUUCAAUUAAUAAUAAAUUUCUACUAAUUAAUCAUA